UUCCUAAUAGAGAUCGAUUAUUUUUUCCAAAACUCUCUCUUAUAAAUGUCUUUCAUUCACUGUCAAAUUUGCACAACACAACUCUCAUCAAUGGCAGCACAAAUCUUUGAUAUGUGUAUGAAUCGUCCCUUCGUCGGCAUGUCACUAAAAAUCAAGGACUCCAUCACCAGCCUGCAUCGAACACGAAAACGAAUACGAACUCGACGAAACUCUUCAAAAUAUGUCGAACACAUCGACCUUAAUUUCAAAGUGCAACUCAGAUGCACUCACGUUCUUCAAGAAUAUGAAGAUGGCAUAAUGACUACAACAAGUUUCCUUCAUGAACACACAUCUUCAUCGCAUCCUUUAGCAACUUACCAGCUUCCUAUCUCCAUCUUCAAGAACGGCAACAGCACUUUGGAGCAAUAUCUUUGUGAUAGGUUGCAUGCACAUCGAGAACUCAUUGACAUUACACUUGUGGCUGAUAGAAUAAUACAGCAUUGGGUUAAAAAGGUUGAAGAAGAUGAUUGUGAUCAUGAUGAAGAAGAGAAUAAUGAAGACUUUAAUGUAUUUCAAAAGAUUCAUUCUCUUGAAAUUACGUUAGAGAUGAAGAUUAAUAGGAGGUAUGUUGUAGAAUCACCGGUAAUGAUAAUGGUUCCAACAAGUGAUGAUGCUAUAGAGAGUAUGUUAAGAAGAGUGGAAAACGAUGAAAUAAGAAGAUUAGGGUGUGAUGAGGAGGGAAUUGAAUGUGCAAUUUGUUUGGAGGAAAUAAGUAGUGAUAAAGAGGAGGAAGGAAGUGAGAAAUCAGUGUUGCAAAUGCCAUGUUUGCAUAUGUUUCAUGAAGAAUGUAUAGAUAAAUGGUUGAGGACAAGUCAUUAUUGCCCAACUUGUAGAUUUUCAAUGCCUACAAAUAAUUGAUUCUACAAAUAGUUUUUUUUUUCUUUCUUUUUUAC